AACCCAUAUCUCUUCGCAAUCUUUAUUUCUCUCAUCGGUUUACUUACCGGAAAACCCUAGUUUCAACUUUCGUUGAAUCAUUUUCAAUCCUUCAUUUGGAGACGAAUUUGAUAUACUCGAAUGUGUAUUGUUGACUUGUUUAUGCUCUUGGUUUGAUUUUAAUUUCACGUAGAAAGUUGAAGAAAGCUAAGAUGAGACUGCUAGUGUUUAGCUCGGGGCGAUAAAGUGUCUAUCGAGGGAUAUGCAAAAUUAGCAAUGUGUUGAUUCCGUGGUUGGCAAUUUUAUCAAUGGCUGAGUUUGUACCUUCACUGCCAUGCACCAAGCUACAUAUACAGGGACAUUGGAGGGUCAAAGAGAAAGGCCAUGUGCUCCCAAGUUCACGUCUAAGUAUGCUACAGAGGAAGUCUUGUUAUGGAAGCUGUAAUAAUUUAUGGCUCUCAACAUGGAGAAUGUGUAACCUUAGUGCUCCUAGUGUCCUAAGUUUGAAGGUAAGUCCUUCUACCAGGGAGAGUUCCUUCAAGAGCAGUUGCUUGGGGUGUUUAGCAGAUCUUGAUGGUAUCGCUGCUUCUGAUUUGGUACCUCUUGCUGAUCAAGUACUUCUGAUGGCCAGUAUACUCCUUACAUAUAUAGCUGGGGUCAUUCCUGCUCAGAGUUCUGAUUUUUCUGUGAGAAAGAAAAUCGCUGAUGAAAAUAUAGUUCUUGCAAGUCCAACCUCUCCUGGUAGUGACUUGAGAUGCUUUCCCUGUACAUGCAGUGCCGUUGGAAAUGAUUGCAAAGUUGAUUUGAAGUAUGCUUGGGAUGCAGUGAAAAGAAAACUUUUGGAUUCUCUAGAUGCUAUCGAACAUAGAACUAAUUUAGGAAGUGGAAUUGUCAAAUGCGAAGAACACCCAGCAAAACCACUGCUAAAUCUGUAUGCUAUAUCUGAGGGUCCAAAAUUAAAGUUGCUUUGGGCUUCUUUUCACCAUCUCGAGGAAGAGGUGAAUAAUAUAAGUAUUUCAUACACUGUGAACAUGGAUGAUUGGAAGACUGUUUUUUGCAAUAUUAUUCGAAAAUCCUGCCAACCAGCAUGUGUGGCUUGGCUGGAAAACAAAUUUUUCCAAGAAAACAGCAAUCAUAAUAAGGCAAUGCUUUCUAUGAUGAUCGCAAAGCUAAAUGAAGAGGAGACAGGUGUACAGAAUAUAAGAAAAUCCGGGAAGGAAGAUCUUUAUUCAGAAUUUCUACAUUUUCAUGUAUUUGGAUCUCAGAGGAAGGAUUGCUGGUAUGACCAUAGCUUGUUCCUUUCACAUGGAGAUUCUAUAUUGGAAGAUUUGGUGAUAACCUUAGCAGAUGGGAUUGCAACUAGCUAUUUGGAGAUUAUAUCUGUAGAUGGCAAUAUGUCCAAUGAAAUUAAUUGCAUGAGUUUGGAUAUUUGUAAUUUGUCAACACGAGCACUCCAGAGGUUACGUAAUGAGGUUGCUUUGAGGUGGUGGUUAUAUCAAAAUAUGGGGGCAGUGGUAGCAAUGUAUGAAGAUCGUUUUGACUUGCUUACUCUUCAGAGCAAAUUAAUUGAGCAACCAAAGAGGGGUGACGCGGAAAGUUCUAGCUGGUGGAAGAAGCUUACGUGGAGAAGAUCUGGACCUGUGUCAUCUCCGUUAAGUUACAUUGUGAUGAGCCAUUAUUCUAUGCCAGUCAAACGGACUAAGGAAUUAAGGGCCUUAACUGGUUGGAGAUAUUACUUCAGCCUGUUCCUUGAGUUAUCUGACAUUACCAUGCCAUUAAUCAGGGUUGUUUUUGACAAAGUCAGCGGUGCCAUCUCAUUCUUUCUUGUUUCUUUGAUUGGAAGGUCCAUAGGACUCGUCUAUACUGGAAUCAGGCAGUCCUUGAGAUGGAAAUGAGAUGUAAACAAUACAUUUUAUUGUCAGCUGCAAUUUUCAUUUCCUUCCUCUUCUUGAAUAUGACUAGUUCUACAAAUAUUACUCAAGACUGAAAACUUUGGGAUGCACCACUUGAGGUUUUUCAUUUUAACAUUGAUCAAUAGAUUAGUGAUUGAAUUAAUUUAUAAUAUUUGGCUUCUUCAACUUUGUUCUUAA